AUGUCUUCCACUACUUCGAUCUCAACGACCUCUACUGCUCCCCCGACCAGCACUUCCACCAGUGGCGGUGGAGGAGGAGGAGGAGGAGGAGGAGGAGGAGGCCCAAGCAGUUCUCCAUUACUCUUCUUUGUUGCUCUUGGUUUUGGCGUGGUCUUUACGAACUUAUGGAUUAUUGUCGGCGUGAAAUAUUGCUUCAGAUAUAAUCAACGAAAUCGACAAUUACGAAAUGAAGAAACCGGGGAACCUAUUGAUUUGACGGCUGUGCCUCGACCGCACCGACGGAGAAGGGAGAAAAAAUUGAUGUCAAUGGAGGAUGUGAACGAGAGGUUCCCAUUGAUGAAAUACAAAGCUUGGCGAUCAUCUCGCGCUGAUAGGGGCCUUCCUAGCGAAGGAGGAAUUGCUGCACCUACGAACAGACCCGAGACGCCAAAGGCUGGCGAGAGUGAACAAAAUCACCCAGAUAACUCAUCCGUAACUGCGAAACACAUUGAAGCCUAUGCGCCAACAAAAGACCACGAGCGUACUGACUCGGUUGUGAGCGAACCGUCUAGUCCUGUGACCCAGCAACAAAUAAGUGUGAUCUCGGACUCGAAGGAAAUUACGAGCACUGAAACUCAACCAAGAGCUGCUGAUGCCGACGUUAUUAGCGAUGUACAUCCACCAGAUGAAGAGGACUUGCACGACGAUCAUGAUGAUCCCAUUCAAGGAGCUGUUCCGGCGGAGUUGUUGCCCAGUCCUGGUGACUCUUGUGCAAUCUGCCUUGAUACUAUUGAAGAUGACGAUGAUGUUCGUGGUCUGACAUGUGGUCACGCUUUCCACGCUUCGUGUCUCGAUCCUUGGUUAACUAGCCGCCGAGCUUGUUGUCCUCUCUGUAAAGCCGAUUACUAUGUUCCUAAACCACGACCUGAGGGACAGGAAGCAGUCACGGAAAAUGCUCGACCAGGAGGACGUCGAACAACAGGCCGGACCGCCGCUGCUUUGAGACCCCCGCAAGCAGCAUUUAUCAUUAAUCCAUUCAGAACAAGGACGUAUUUCUUCACGCGUUCAACAGUGGCAGUACCAGAAAAUUCAGAUCCAAGGUCUGCUCGGGGCUCGAGAAGUGAGAUUCAACCCUCGUCGAACGUACCACCCAGUGAGCGAAAUGGUGUAAGACGAACCGCCGCAUGGGUACCGAGACUUAACUUUUGGCGUGCAUCAAAUCGUCAAUCAAGUUCUCAAAAUGCUGGGGUUCGCACACCCGGUCAGUUGGAGGCUGGUACAACUCCACAAGUGUAAUACUACUAGGCUUUGUCCUUCUAUCGGAUAUCAACAAACAUUUCUGCCGGCCUUAUCUCUUUUCCCUUCCUCUCGAUCCUCAAUCAUACCCUUUACUCAAUCCUAACGAAUCUCCUAUCCACCUAUCUUAAGUGCAGGUUCAUCAUCUCCCUUUUCACUCAAUGUCAGGUUGCAUAUGUACGUGAUUACUUUUCUUCUAUUGGUUUUGGCUUGGCGUUCAGUGUGGUAUCGGUUGAUGGUAUCUUGAUAUCAUCUUAUUGCCAAUCUGGUACGGGCAACGUAUGUAUACGUGGAUUUUCUCUUCCUUUUCUUUUGUUCAGCAAUGGUGUUUCUAGGACGAUCUGCCUACGGGCUAUUCUUUGUCAUGACUGCAAUCUUCGUUGGAUAGUCAACAAGUACCCCCUUAUCAAGCAAUUGAAUUUGCUAGUUGGCAUCUGCAGCAAAAAUGGAUCUCGCAUUAGUUCAAAAAAUCCUUUAUAUCAUGGUUAU